GGAUUCCCGUGAAAGAUGCGUUUGGUUGCAAAGCUGCUACAUAAUGACGUAUUAAAUCUAUCGCUGAUUGAAGAUAAGAGACUCUCCAGCGUGGCGCAUCUUCAGAACAUUGUUACUCCAUCUCUUCAUUGGUGCAAUGCUGUGAAAUUCCGGUGAUAAGAUGUGGAAAAAAUAACAAACUCAUUUGUAGAUUCCCAAGAUAGAGUAGUAUAAAAGCGGUACCGUCUGGGCAUUUUCUCCACAAUUUGUUGUCAUUUCAACUCUUGGAUCGUCGCAGGCUCGAGAUGAAGGCUGUUGCGCUGUUCCUCGUGCUGGCCCUGUGCGUCGCGUGCCGGCCGUGCUGUGCGGAAGAGUUCACUCCUUGCCCCGAUGAAGUGUCGGCCAAGUGCCCUGCCGUCGACGGGGACUUCCCGACCUUCUUCGCGCAUCCCGACGACUGCUCCAAGGGCUGCGAGUGCUCCAAGGGCAAGGCGUGGGUGAUCCAGUGCCAGGAGGGCCUCCUAUGGGACGAUACAGUCAGCGUCUGCAACUGGGCGUCUCAGGUCGACUGUGGUUCCCGCCCCCUGUUACCUUAAGGAGGUCAAAAGUCCUUGAUUCUAUUCCUUUUCCUCCACGUGUUUUCCGGCGAAAUACAUAUUUAUUUACAUUCAA